AUGUUAUACAACUUAAUUAUAUUAAUUUUUUAUUUAAGAUUUUCUAAAUGUAUCUCUAACUCUAAGAACAAUAAUUACGGUUACAUCAACUUCGGUACCUUUUCAAAUGUUGUAAACAACAGUAAUAAUUUAAGAAAUAGAAAAAAUGUUGUUUUUUCAAAAAUCGAAAUAAAAAUGCCAGCUCUAUCUAGUACCAUGACGACAGGAAAAAUUGUUAAGUGGAAUAAAAAUAUAGGAGAUUAUGUAAAU